AUGUCCUCCAAACCACUCACCACUGCCCCCGCCGGCAAAGUCCUCAUCAUCCUCAGCGACGCCCGCUCCUUCCCACUCAAAAAAACCUCCGGCCCCUCCGCCGGCAAUUCUGUCGCCCAACCCACUGGCUACUUCCUCACCGAACUCGCCAAACCCCUCCAAACCCUCCUCUCCGCCGGCUAUGAAGUCACCUUCGCCUCCCCCCUCGGCUACGAGCCUAUCCCGGACCCCAACAGCGAGUCACUCCUCGCGUUCGCCGGGAACUUCUACGAGCGCCAGCGCGAGAAUGAGCUGAUCGACCGCAUGAAGCGCGAGAAUGGGUUCGCGAAGCCGCGACGGUUCGGAGAGAUCAGCAACGAGGAGCUGGAGGGGUUCGACGGGGUGUUUGUCCCCGGGGGCCACGCGCCGCUGACGGAUUUGGGCGACGACGAGGAGCUGGGGCGGAUCUUGCGGCAUUUCCACGCGCGGGGGAAGCCUACGGCGGUGAUCUGCCACGGGCCGUAUGCGUUCCUGAGCACGCGGGCGGGGGGGAAGGAGUUCGCGUAUAAGGGGUAUCAGAUCACGAGCUGGAGCGACGUGGAGGAGAAGGUGAUGGAUCGGGUGCUCGGGGGGGAUAUUCCGAAGGUGGAGACGGCGCUGAGGGAGGCAGGGGCGAAAAUGGUGGAGGGGGUAGGGGAGAAGAUUGGGAGGGUGACGGUGGACCGGGAAGUGACUGUCAAGCGUAUUAUGAACUUUCCAAGCCCUCGGUCGAUGUCAGAUAUAUCUGACAACUAUGAGAAUGGCACUAUCCCACGCGACAACGUGCUCACUGAAGACACUCGUAACUUCCGGAUGAAGACCCAGUCCUCCGUAGCAGCUACCAGUACUUACCACUUAUCAUAG